AUUUGCCUUAUCUCCUUUAACAAAACUAAACCAAUAAUCAAAAUGGGGGACAUACACAUACCAACAGAAAACGGUCACUGAGUAGCAAAUGGCUGUGACUUCCACUACAGCAUCUGCCUACAUUUCCCGACGAAUUUUUUCACCACCACCGUCGUCGCCGCUAAAAGCUUCCUCAUUCUCAGAUUCCAUUACUUUCGCAACAAACCCACGCAGCAGCAGACUCUGUAUUAGAAGCUCAAGCAGUGAUGCAUCGGCCGAUGGUACUGCCACGGAGAUGGAAACAGAGCCGGAAAGUCCGGUUGAAGUUUCACAAGGGCCACCGUCCCUAAUCUCUGCUCUUAAUGUUGAAAAAGCUCUUCGCGGCAUUGCAAUUACAGAUGCAGAUCACUACGGCAGACUUGGAAUUCAAAAAGGAUGCUCAUAUGAUCAGGUUACAGUUGCUUAUAAGAAGAAGGUAGAUGAAUUGACGAAUCAGGGAUUAGAGGAAGAGGAACUCAGCAAGAAGCUUGAGCUUUUGAAGGAAUCACACUCAAUAUUGUCCUCAGUAGAAGAAAGAAGACUGUAUGAUUGGAGCGUGGCUAGGAGUGGGAAGCCAGACCGCUACUUAUGGCCUUUCGAGGUAGACAUUACACAAACCCCCCCAACUGGCGAUAUUCCUCCCCAACAGGAACCGGAGGACGUUGGGCCCACAAGAUUGGUGGGAUACUUCAUACUGGCCUGGUUGAUACUAGGCUUCACAUUAUCAAUUGCCCUCAAUCGAUGAUACCACAUUGAAUCUUUUGUACCUUAAAACCUUUUGUUCACAAAGUGUUGCCAUCACAUUCACAUGUGAAAUUGUGUUCAUUACUUUUGUUGAAGUUGAAAUCAACAUUUUGCUCCCAUUAUUUCCUACAAGUAGGGUUGAAUUUAAUAGAAUAAAAUAGAGACACUAUAUAUGGCCUCCAUUAACCGCGUACACAAAUAUAUAUAUGUGGGGCGCGCAUAUAUACAAAGAGAAAAUUAUGAAAUCUGCCAUGCAUGAUCAAUUAAUUAUAAUGGAAAUAGAGGGAUGCUAGCGACCGCCGCUUGCAGUGGCCUGAGGUGUCAGCAGCCAAUACUUUUUACUACUUUUUAUUUUUUGUUUGUUGUGCCUCACGCAUUUUAAUUUAUUUUUUUAAUUACUUUUUCUGUUUUUUUGUCGGUGGUUCUACUAUCUCCCCUACUCUCUCUCUCUCUCUACGUCUAACUCGCUGGAGGCGAAGAAGACGAGUGAUUCAGCUUCUGUUGGGGGAAGCCGCCGUUACAAAGAGGAGAGGAACGGAGGCCGGACCAGUGCUGGGUUGUUGAAUGGCCGGACCGUUACGAAGAGGAGAUGAUAGGAUCGAGGAAGCCGCCUCCAAUCUUCAAGGAUGAUUCGCUUCAGAUGGACGUCGGAGACUUCUCUCGCUUGGCCGAGUCCAACCGCUCCCGCAAUCUGAUGAUUCGCUUCAGAUGGUGUCUGUAUAUAUAUAUUUUUUU